AUGGAGGUCACCCCGACUCUGAAGAAGUCCCUCGUCUUGUUCCCACUGCUGGUCGUGGUGCUGCUGGGACCAGGAUGGGUCCAUUCUUCCUUGAGCCAGGAAUCGCAAGCUGACAGAUUCUACAGACAGCACAUAGACCCAGAUAAUCCUUUCGGCAACAAAACCAGCUACUGUGAUGUGAUGAUGUGGAGACGGAACAUAAAUUGGUAUUCGUGCAAAAAGUUGAACACCUUUGUACAUACAUCCAGAGCAACAGCCAGGGCUGUUUGCCGUGAGAAGCUCACAGCAUGCCGUAAUGGGACUGUCAACUGCCAUAAGAGCCGUUCCUCCAUGCGUAUCACACAAUGUAACCUGAAGGGAGGGUCCAAAUACCCCAACUGUGCAUACUGGAGCACCCAACGCACAGCACACAUUUUAGUGGUCUGUGAUGGAAAUUCUUCCAAGCCUAUCCAUUUUGACAGCUCGGUGUAG